CUGCGUCCUGUGCUCUGUAGGCAGUUCUGUAUCGAGGAGCUGGAGCACAGCCGGGACUUCUUCAACAACCAGAACCGGCUGCUGAGGCUGCUGCUGUCCAUGUUCACGCUGCUGUCGGCCAACUCCGAGCUGGUCUGCUACCUCAUCAUCGUGCUGAACAACGUGGUCAGUGCCUCGGUCAUUUCGCUGGUCCUGCCCAUGCUGGUGUUCCUAUGGGCCAUGCUGGCUGUUCCGAGGCCCACCAAGAGGUUCUGGAUGACUGCCAUCGUGUGA